GUACUCCAGGUUUAUUCUUGGAUUCCUUCGACAUCAAACAGUGAUCUCGGCGAGGGAGAAAUUGAUAGCAUAAUGGAUUUGAAGCAGAUUUUGUUGGGAAGCUUGGUGCUUGGCUUUCUUGGGGUCGUAGUUUCUGAAGAAUCCAGUCUAGCCCAGCAGCCACUCAAACAAUUUCAAACUACCCAAGCACUCGCUCCCCAAACUGCCCAGAAAAGAUUUGACUUGUGGAAGAAAGAGAAGAAAAACGGCGGAGGGGGUGGUGGAGGAGGCGGUGGGUGGGGUUCAGAAGUGCCGCCAUCCAUGCCUGGGGGAUUUGGAAUGUAUCCACUGUGGAAGUUUCACAAGUUUGACGGCUUCUCCCUUCGUCCAGUUCCCAUUCAGCUCGACAUUGGUCACGGAAUCCCGGCCCUUCCUCAAUCCAAUCUCCCAGCCUACCAAAGUGCAAGUGGGUGGGGCAGUGGAGCUCAACAGUCGUCGUACGGUGGGGGACAACAAAGCAGCAGCGGUGGAUACGCCCCAGCCGGAGGUUAUGGACAACAACAAAGCAGUGGAUAUGGACAGCAGAGUGGGGGUGGAUAUCAAUCAUCAGGAGGUUACAACAACCAAGCUCCAAUCACCAUGGCUUAUCAAGCAGCCCCACAGCCCAGCUAUACUCCAAGCUAUCCUCAGCCAGCUUAUGGUGGCAAUAGUCAACCAAAUUAUGGACCACCCCCUCCUGCUCAACCUAGCUAUUCAGCCCCACAAACACAGAGUUAUUCGGCCCCACAAACACAGAGCUAUUCUGCGCCAGAAAUGAGCUAUGGGGCAUCAAAUGCUCAGCCUGUGGCAACAGUUCCAGGGGGAAACAGCUUCGGAGCUCAGGGCCCAUCGUAUGCUGCUGCUGCCUUUGAAGGAAACAGUCCCUACGGAGGAGUCUCUGACUUGUCAAUGCCAUCCAUGGACACCAAUAAUCAAGGAGGAUAUAUGAAGAGAUAUUAUAACAGAGACAGUGAUAGCAGCCAACAACCCACAAGUUCAGUUGGAGAAAAUGAGAAUGAUGCUCAGUAAUGAAUCUCGCCCUUAACUAAAUUAUUAACUAUUAUAACUAAAUUAUUUUUGAGGGUACUAAAAUUUAGGUGCAUUACUACACAAAUGGUCUUGUCUAAUUUGUUAAUUUAUGACUAUAUAAAUUAUUUUUACGCAAGCUUGUGUACACUUUGAGACAAGUUCAAGUAGACGAGUUCAAUAAUUCAAUAAGUAUGCAUUGCUAUCUUAUUGAAGUUUGUGAAGUAUAUGAGAAUGAUUGCAUUUAUAAUUAUUUUUAUAUGACCCUAUAAUAAAGACGAAUUUUAUACUAA